CCAAAUUCGGACCAAACCCUAGCAGGGUUUACCCUAACCGGACCCAAGACGGCGCUCCGAAAAACCCAAAAUCAAAGAUCAUCCUUUUCCACCACACUCCCUCGCUCGCUCGUCUCCCCCUCCGCUUUCGCUAUUACCCUGCUGCUGUCCUCUGCUGAGGAUUUGAUUUUUUCCCUUCCUCGUCGCCAUCUGGUAAUACUGCCGCCGUUAAUGGAGGUUUUGGGCAGUAUGAGCUCUGUGGGGAGGAGGGUCGAGUGGGCUUCCUCUGUUGUUGAAGCUAUGGUGGUGGAAACGGCUGUUGCUGCCGGAAAGGCUCUUGCUUGCCUGCUCUUUAUGACUGGAUUGCUGGUGGCUGAAGCUGAGGCAUUGCCCAGUCUGACCGAUCUAGAAGAGAGGUUUCCUUUCAGCAAGCUCCACGAGAAGGAAUGCUCCAACGUAGAAGAAAACAAAGAUGCCAGUGACACAGAUGAUGAUGGUGAAGACGAUGACGAUGACAAUGCAGAGGACGAUGAUGAUGAUGACGAUGCUGGUGAUGAGGAUUUCACAGGUGACGAAGGAGGGGACCCGGAAGACGACCCUGAAGUUAAUGGCGCUGGAGACUCUGAUGAUGACGAGGAUGACGAUGAUGAUGACGAGGAUGAUGGUGAUGAUGAUGGCGAAGACGACGACGAUGAUGACGAGGAAGACGAGGAAGAUGAUGAUGAUACUCCUCAGCAACCACCAGCGAAGAAGAGAAAGUGACUGUGAGAAGUUGGAAGCGAGGGAAAGAGAGGGUAGGCUGUUGUUUGUUUUAACUUUUGGUUGGAUCUUUCCCUCUGUCAAGAUUAGUUAGGUUUCCUAGGAGGGAAGAUUGAGUUCUGUGUCAAGGUAUCGGGAUAGGGUUAUAGUCUUCUUUCUUCAUGGAUUGUCAUUGACAUGAUUAUGACUUCUGCUGGUGUGCUGCAGAUGCUCUUUUGUUGUUAUAGAUUAUUAUUGUGAUGUGUAAUGUUUCCUGCUGUCUCUGUAAUUUCUGCUCCAUUCUCCCUUUUUGUCGUAAUAACUUUUGACAUGCAAAUCGAAC